AUGGCAUCACAACCGCAAACUGUUCCCGAGGGGAUGGAGAAAUUCGUCGUCGGCCUGAUUGGUAUGGGCGACAUGGGCAAGAUGUAUGCCGAAAGGCUAUCUGCCGCUGGCUGGAGAAUUUUGGCAUGCGAUCGAGAAGAAAACCAGGAGAGCCUUCAGAAAGAAUACUCUGAAAAUAAAAAUAUAGAAAUAUGUCGAAAUGGACACUUUGUAUCCCGCGCAAGCGAUUAUAUCAUCUACAGCGUCGAAGCCGCCGUCAUUGACCGUGUAAUUGCUCAGUAUGGACCAUCCACCAAACUUGGGGCCAUCGUCGGAGGCCAAACCUCUUGCAAGUCUCCCGAGAUCGCCGCCUUCGAGGCUCACCUCCCGUCCGACGUCGAUAUUAUCUCCUGCCACUCGCUCCACGGCCCUAACGUCGACCCGUACAAUCAACCCCUCGUCCUCAUCCAGCACCGUGCCCCAGACUCGGCCCUCCGCAAAGUCGAGACUGUCCUUAGCUGUCUUCGAUCCAAGUUUGUCCAUCUCUCAGCUCGCGAGCACGACCGCAUUACCGCCGAUACGCAAGCCGUUACCCAUGCAGCCUUUCUUUCCAUGGGUAAGGCUUGGCACGCCAACAAGCAGUUCCCCUGGGAGUUGAGCCGCUACGUCGGUGGUAUCGAGAAUGUCAAGGUCAAUCUGAUGCUGCGUAUCUACAGUCAAAAGUGGCAUGUGUACGCUGGCCUUGCUAUCCUCAACCCUGAGGCCAGAGAGCAGAUCUCUCAAUAUGCACGAAGUGUCACGGAUCUGUACAAGCUCAUGCUGGAGGGUAACCGUGAUGGCUUCAGGGAGAGAGUCUAUCGUGCACGCGACAAGGUCUUUGGCCCGUCAACAUCCUGGGAAACACGCCCUCUGCUUGAGCCCUCGAUUCUGUCGUCCUUCUCGCUCGGCACUCCUACUGAUGAACCCCGGCCCAAUAAUCAUCUAUCCAUCCUUGCAAUGGUGGACUGCUGGGCAGCGCUCAACAUCGUACCGUAUGAUCACAUGCUUUGCAGCACCCCUCUCUUCCGCUUACGUCUGGGUGUAACCGAGUACCUGUUCCGAAAUGGAGAUGUGCUCGAUGCUGCCAUUGAGACAGCUAUCGACGACAAUACCUACCGCAGCGAUGAUCUCGAGUUCACAUUUGCAGCGCGGGCUUGGGCUGAGUGUGUCAAUCUGGGACACUUCGAAACGUGGGAGAAGCGUUUUGUCAGUACUCAGGAGUUCUUCCAGCCACGGUUCGAGGAAGCCAAGGUGGUGGGCAAUCAGAUGAUGAAGAAAAUUCUGGAAAACUCCAAGGAUAAUUAG